CAGUAUGAUGUACGCAUGAUAUCUUUAUCGUAAAAAGUUACAUUUUUUUUUUAUUUACAAAAUAGACUAAAUAUAUUUAAUGGCAUGUUGAAGCAACUUGGACGUUCUCCAAUGCACGAAUCGAAUAGGGCUGCACUCUGGAGAUAAGGCAAAUAAUCUCUCAUCAAAGUUUCCUCAUCGAAUGAUCUUUUUCAAUCAUCAUUCCCGCUUUGUCGUAAGAGUCCGUCGCGCUUUAGCUUCAGCUUCGCUUAACUCAAAAUGGAGGAUAAAUAACGCACACGAAGGUUUGGUGAUUCUUAACGACAGGUGAUAGUAGCCGCCGUAAUCAGCGCCAUGUAUGCGAUUGUGAUGGCAGCAGUGAUCAUCGCGUUCGCGAUAAACGUUGUGACGGACACCGUGAUAUCGCCGAGCGUGUGGUUCCUGUUCCUCGUGAUGGGCGAGUUCGUGAUCGCAGGUUUCUUGCAUCCAUACGAGAUCGGUUGCCUCCUGCACAGUCUGAUUUAUUAUCUGGCGGUACCCUCUAUGUUCGUGCUACUAAUCAUAUACUCACUCUGCAAUCUGAACAGCAUCUCGUGGGGCACGCGGGAAAGUAAGACGGAGAAGAACGUCUGCGUGGUAAUUAAUCUCACCGACUAAUCUACGCUAAUCGAGGCAUCACUCGCGAAUGUUUGCGAAUGUUUUAUCGGCUUUCACAAUUUUGUAUAUACGCAAGAAUAUCUAAUGCUUGUAAUUAAUGCUGUACAAUUCGAUAAGAAAUAGAGGCUCAUCAACGUUUCUAACUAUUAAGAUUUUUUUUUUUCGAAAUUUACAUUCUA